CAGGUGUAGCUGCAGGCUGAGUCACGUUUUCACUUCCGUCCAGACGGGAGCGACUCUCUGCUGGGACUGCUGAAUUCAUGCCUCAUGCCUUUUGGGACGUCGGGGAAGAGACUUUUCCACUGGAAUUAGACAGACCCGCGGGAGGGGACGGAGUAUAAAUGUUUUUCCACAAGUGUAAUCGGACAUGGCAGCUGGUGUUACUCGCAGGACUCGUGUUGCCAGGGAUACGACAGGUCUGUGGAAUAGAAAUUUUCACUCCGAGUGAGGUGGAAGCUGUCAACGGGACCAGCGUGAAACUGAAGUGCACCUUCAGCUCCACUCAUUCUGUGUCACUUCAGUCAGUCACCGUGUCCUGGUCCUUCCGACCCCUUACGGGAGGAACUGAUGAAUCGGUGUUUUACUACCAGGAGACUGCGUACCCUCCUGAGGACGGGCGUUUUAAAGGACACGCUGUGUGGUCAGGAGACGUUACGAGGAAAGAUGCCUCCAUCACACUGCAAGAGGUGCUUCCGACCUUCAACGGUACCUACAUCUGCCAGGUGAAGAACCGCCCAGACGUGCACGGCAGCAAUGGAGAGACCGUCCUCAAAGUUGUUGACAAAGCAUCCAUGUCUGAGAUUACCAUGCUGGCGACUGCAGUUGGAGGUGCCUGCGGUGUCGUUCUGGUCCUCCUCGGUAUCUUUGUGGCUGUGAGGGUCUGCAGGAGAAAGCACAGUGAAAAUGACUUUGAGAUGCAGACGGAGACGACGUACGAGAAGAAAGGCCCAACUGUAUGUUCACCCGCGGAAGCAGCUCACCUCAUGGUCGUAGCAAAGAAGAAAAAAGAGGAAAGUUCAGAAGAUGAAUCAGAUCUGAGCAGCGACGAUGACGAAGAAGGUUGUCUCGACGAUGAUGACUAUGACGACAAUUAGAUAAAUGCACAUUUUAGCUGAAUCAGCUUUUUUAAGUUGAUAUAGCUUAAAGUUUUUAAAUAUAAUUAAAUGUGCAAAUCAGAUUUCUGGUUACUGAACGUCAAGAUUAUUCUCGUGAUGAAUAAUAAAAAUAUUUACC